AGCUGACCGAGGACAGCCGCCAGGGAGGAGGAAUCAGUCCCCUGUGUCCCGUGGGAGUGGUCUCAGAGGGAAGAGCAGCCAAGGGCAGGGGAGGGAGGAAGACCCUGUGGCCAGGGGAAGGAGGGAUUGGAUCUAAUGGCCCAGGGGAGGCUUGGCCCCAGCUCGGACCCAGGCAGCCCUAGCUGGGCCUCCUGGGGCCUCCCUCUGCUUGUGUCUGCAGGGGUGGAGGCUAAGAUCUCAACCCACCUGUUGUGACUGCAGAGAAGCCGGCAGGCUGUGAUCAGGGAGGAAGGAGUGUGCGGGUGCAGGCCUGAGCUUGGGGGUAAGGGAGGUGCCACGUGGGUCACCUUGACCCUCUGUUUCACAAAGUGGUGCCUUUCUUUGCUUCAGCCUCCCCAAGUAGUGACUCCUAACCUCUAACAACUAGAGAAGAAAAGGCAAUAGAGGCCGACUGAAGUAUUGAUCUAAAGAGGGGGAGUCUGCCCAGGUGGUAAAGGUGCAAGUGGUAGGAUUUCAGGCACAGUUUUUAUGGAAUAAGCGAUGAGUGAACAUUUUUACCUAUUUCCCUCCCUUCCAAUUUAAAUGGAAGCAGGAGUAACUUAAGCUAGAUAUAACGAAGAACUUCCUGAGUUUAUGAACUUCCUGAGCUGGCUAGUGAGGUCAGUCUUCUUUGCCAGGUGUUUAAGAGGAGCUAAAGCCACGCCUGCUGAGAGGCGGGGCUGGCUGCGUGGGUCCCUGGGGAUUCUCCUGGCUCUGAGGUUUCCACCAGAUUGGCACAGAUGGGAUUUUCCCACGGCUGGCAGGAGGACAAAUCACCAGGCCUCAUGGCUUGGGCCAGCCUCUCCCUCUGAGUCCCUUAUGUCCCUAGCCAGGCAGCCCCGGCCUUGGCAUGUUUGGGAAGGGCCUGCUCCUUGCAGCUCCUGUCCCUGGGGGUGGGCACGUCUGCUGGGUGUGUCUCGGGUCUCCAGCGGGCCCUGUCCUGCCUUUCAGUGAGGGCCACCCUGGACGCACCAGGCUCUGGGCCAAGAUCACGGUGCUCUGUGGCUGGCUCCGGCUUCCGGCCCAUCCUUUCGGGAUUUCCCCUGAAGGUGGGGUCUGUGGGCGACCCAGGACUGCCCGUCCAGUGCCCCGCUCUGCUCAAGGCUCACCCACAGGUGGCCUGGCCUGCCUGCUCCCCCUGUUCCUCCUGGUGGGCUUUGCCGAGAGGCUGGGCUGGACUGUCCACAUGAGAAGGCGGUAGCGGAUGUCCCUCCCUGGGCAUCCCCGGGUAAGAGGAGGGGCGCUGCCUGGGCUCGGCCUGGUCUUCACCGUCCUCUUCUCCUGGCUGCACCCUGCUUGCCAGGCUGAGGGCCGAGGAGGGUGCUGACCCCUCUUGUGGGCUACUCUCAGGGAGGGAGAGUGGGGGCAGUUACUGCCUAGGACUGGACAGGGGUUGGGGGCUAGUGUCUCUGCUGCUGAGACUACCCCAGGUCCCACCCAGAACUCCACCGCCCCUUGCUGUCCUCCCCUCCCUCGUCCCUGGUUGUUGGUGGCUCAGUGAGGACACCUUCUUGACCAAGGAGAGCUGUCUUAAUUCCUGGUUUGCAGUGGCCUGUGCAUAGGGACACCGUCUCCCCCACGCUGCCGGACACACAGGUCCAGGUGACAUGCAGGCCAGGCAUGAGGCCAGUCUGCAUGUCGCUGUCUUAUGAGAAGGUGCAGGAUGCUCCCGUCCCCCCCCUCUCUGCUUGGAGGUUUGAUUGAUGACCCUUCCCAGGGUCCUCUGCUGGGCCAAGCACGUGCCAAGCUUAGGGAUGGGGGCCAGGAAGGCUAGACCCAGGCUUUGCCAUGGGCCCAGCAGGACAGAGGCGAAGCCCCCAGGCCACUUGCUGCCCGUGUCCCUCGGCUGUCCUCUUCCGUGCCUUUCUUCCUUUCACUUUCGUUUUCCCUGGGCGCUGCACCAGCCCUUGUCCCUGACCCUGUGACAGUCACAGAACUGACCAUGUUGAGAGAUUUUCUCUGCCACUCAGGGGUCCUGCUAGGGCUUGGCGCUUCUGGAGGUCACUUCCCCUCAAAUUCCCAGAGUCUGGGGGCUGAGCCCAGAGUAAGCCAUUGAUGACGGCCACAGUGACAGUGCCAGCCUGUGAUGUGUGGUGGUGUGUGUGGAGGACGUGAGGGCUGGGGUGUGUGUGUGUGUGUGUGUGUGUGUGUGUGCGCGCGCGCGCACGUGCAGACACUCUAGCAGGCUCUGAAACAACUUAGUCUGCACCACGGUUUUCCACCUCACCUCGCCUGGUGUCUCGGUAGCCACAUUCCCCAGUUGGGUGGCUGUGGGUCACCCACACAGGGGUGGGCCCGAGGCCCUGUGGGGAACUCCAGUACAGGGGUUAAGGGGAUGCCUCCUGAAGUCGCGCUGCGUGCCUUCAGGUCCCAGCUCUGCCUCGUGCACGGUUUGUGCAACCCUGUGUGCCUCAGUUUCUUCCUCUGUAAAAGGGGGCUGAGCACGGCACCGAUUUCAGAGUGGCAGGCAGGCAAGUGGAUUCACGCAGCAAAGCAUUUAGGAUGGUGCUCCCGCAUUUAUUGAAGCUGCUUGGCGGGAAUCCGAGCUUGGUGGCAAGGUACUCUCUUCCUGCCUCAAAGAGAGCCAAUUCCCUGAUCCCCCAGGAGACACUGCUCCUCAUCUUAGCUCCAGCCCUUUUGAACCUCUGAAGCUGGGGAUGGAGCAGGAGAUGGAAGCCAGGGAUUCUUGAUUCAGUUCUUGGCUGCUUCAAUCUUGCCGUGGGACCUGGAGCUCGGGCCUGGUUUGCGGUCUGUACCGUGGAGAGCUUGGGGUUGUGAGAUGUGCUCCCCGGAGGCUCUCCAGGCACAGAGGAGUCACCUGGUGGGGCUGCUGGUCUCCGGGUCCCUGGAGGGCUUCGAGAGCAUCUUGGACUGGCUGCUGUCCUGGGAAGUCCUCUCCUGGGAGGACUACGAGAGCCUCAGCCUCCCAGGCCAGCCUCUUUCCCGCUUGGCCAGGCGCCUGCUGGACACUGUUGGGAACAAGGGCGCUUGGGGCUGUGAGAAGCUGGUCGCAGCUCUCCAGGAAGCCCAGGCCGGCGGUCAGUCCCCUGAGCCACGUGGCGGCUGGGACCCCCACUCACUCCACCCAGCCCGAGACCUGCAGAGUCACCGGCCGGCCAUCGUCAGGAGACUGUACAGCCACGUGGAGGCUGUGCUGGACCUGGUGCGGGAGCGCGGCUUCAUCAGCCAGUACGAGUGUGAUGACAUCAGACUGCCCAUUUUCACGUCCUCCCAGAGGGCAAGGAGGCUGCUUGAUCUUGCCGCAGUGAAGGCAAAUGGAUUGGCUGCUUUCCUUCUCCGGCACAUUCUGGAGUUACCAGUCCCAUUGCCCCUGCCUUUAGUGGCUGCAGAUUGCCGGAAGUACGCCUCCAAGCUGAGGAGCACGGUGUCCGCACAGUCCCGCUGCCUCAGCACUUACGACGGCGCGGAGAAUCUGUGCCUGGACGACGUGUACACAGAGAACACCCUGGAGCUGCGCACGGAGGUGGGCACGGCCGGGGCCCUGCACAAGAGCCCCGCCACCCUGGGCCUGGAGGAGCUCUUCAGAGCCCAGGGACACCUCAACAAAGACGCGGACACCGUGCUGGUGGUGGGCGAGGCGGGCAGCGGCAAGAGCACACUCCUGCAGCGGCUGCACUUGCUCUGGGCGACUGGGCAGCACUUCCAGGACUUUCUCUUCGUCUUCCCGUUCAGCUGCCGGCAGCUGCAGUGCGUGACCAAACCGCUGUCCUUGAGGACGUUGAUCUUUGAGCACUGCUGCUGGCCCGAUGCGGGCCAGCAGGACGUCUUUCAGUUCCUCCUCGACCACCCCGACCGCGUCCUGCUGACCUUCGACGGCUUCGACGAGUUCAGGUUCAGGUUCACCGAUGGCGAGCGCCACUGCUCCCCGUCGGACCCCACGUCCGUCCCCACUCUGCUCUUCAACCUCCUGCAGGGCAACCUGCUCAAGAACGCUCGCAAGGUGCUGACCAGCCGUCCAGACGCCGUGUCGGCCCUCCUCAGGAAGUACGUGUGCACCGAGUGCCACCUGAGGGGCUUCUCAAAGGAGGCCAUCGAGCUUUACCUGAGGAGGUGCCAUCCUGAGCCUGGGAUGGCCGACCGCCUCCUCCACCUGCUCCAAGCGACCUCAGCCCUGUACGGCUUAUGCCAUCUUCCUGUUUUCUCAUGGAUGGUGUCCAGAUGCCACCAGGAACUGCUGCUGCAGGACACGGGGUCCCCAAAGACCACCACAGAUAUGUACCUUCUGAUCCUGCAGCAUUUCCUGCUGCGUGCCUCCCCGCCAGACGUGGCCUCCCACGUCCGGGGACCCGGCCUCUUCCGAGGCAGGCUCUCCACCCUCCUGCACCUUGGUCGACUGGCUCUCUGGGGCCUGGGCCUGUGCUGCUACGUGUUCUCUGCCCAGCAGCUGCAGGCAGCCCAGGUGGACCCUGAUGACAUUUCUCUUGGCUUCCUGGUGUGUGCCCAGCGGGUGGUGCCAGGGAGCGCGCCAGCCCUGGAAUUCCUGCACAUUACUUUCCAGUGCUUUUUUGCGGCCAUCUACCUGGCGCUGAGCCCUGACGUGCCCGUAGCCUCGUUCAGACGCCUCUUCAACUGCCACAGGCCGGGCAGCUCUCCACUGGCCCGCCUGCUGCCCACACUGUGCGUCCAGGGCUCCGGGUGUGAGGAGGGCAGCGUGGUGGCUUUGCUGCAGGAGGCCGAGCCGCACAACCUUCAGAUCACAGCAGCUUUCCUGGCAGGGCUUCUGUCCCAGGAGCACCGGGACCUGCUGGCUCUGUGCCAGGUGUCCAAAAAGGCUCUGCUCCGGCGCCGACGAGCCUGUACUCGCCGCUGUCUAUCCCGCAGCCUCCGCAAGCACUUCCAGUCCAUCCCACCAGCUGUGCCGGGUGAGGCCAAGAGCAUGCACGCCAUGCCCGGGUUCAUCUGGCUCAUCCGGAGCCUGUAUGAGAUGCAGGAGGAGCGGCUGGCGCGGGAGGCGGUGCGCGGGCUGGAUGUCGGGCACCUCAAGCUGACGUUUUGCAGGGUGGGCCCCGCCGAGUGUGCCGCCCUGGCCUUUGUGCUGCGGCACCUCCAGCGGCCCGUGGCCCUGCAGCUGGACUAUAACUCUGUGGGUGACAUUGGCGUGGAGCAGCUGCUGCCUUGCCUGGGUAUCUGCAAGGCUCUUUAUUUGCGCGAUAACGAUAUCUCAGACCGAGGCCUCUGCAGGCUCAUUGAGCACGCUCUUCACUGUGAGCACCUGCAGAAGUUAGCUUUGUUCAACAACAAAUUGACUGACGGCUGUGCACACUCCCUGGCCACACUCCUCGCAUGCAAGCAGGACUUCUUGGCAUUGAGGCUGGGGAACAACCACAUCACCGCAGCGGGGGCCCAGGUGCUGGCCCAGGGGCUCCGAAGCAAUGCCUCCCUGCAGUUCCUGGGGCUCUGGGGUAACAAGGUGGGUGACAACGGUGCCCAGGCCCUGGCCGAGGCCUUAGAUGACCACCAGAGCUUGAAGUGGCUCAGCCUGGUGGGGAACAACAUUGGCCGUGCGGGUGCCCAAGCCUUAGCCCUGAUGUUGGAAAAGAAUGUGGCCCUAGAAGAACUCUGUCUGGAGGAGAACCAUCUCCUGGAUGAAGGUGUGUGUUUUCUUGCAGAAGGACUGAAGAGAAAUUCCAGUUUGAAAGUCCUGAAGUUGUCCAACAAUGGCAUCACCCGCCUGGGUGCAGAAGCCCUCCUGCAGGCCCUCAAAAAGAAUGACACCAUCCUGGAAGUCUGGCUCAGAGGCAACAGUCUCUCUCUGGAGGAAACCCAGCAGCUCAGCUACAGGGACAGCAGACUCUUGCUUUGAUGUUUCCAGGCCGAGGCUCAUUUCAGUUGGUUGGUGAGGAAGCUGUGGUCUGGACCCUGGAAGCUGGAUUGGCAGCAGCCCAUUCAGACAGAGCCCUGUCCUGCCCCGGGAUGAAUCUGUUUUCAGAGAGCACCACAGGUCACCCGACUCCACAGGAGGAAGGCACCGCAGUGCCCUUCAGAGUGGACUUCCCCAAGCCUACUUCUGCUCUCAGGUUCUGCCCCAGACUCAAUCCAUGGGAUGGACAAGAGGGCAGCCCCUCCCUCCCAGUCUGGGCCCGGGCCCAGCUAAUCCGCCAGGGUUCUGAGUGGGGGUCAGUGGGACCCUGGGAGUCUGCUGAGUGCCUGCCGGUCCUGACCCACAGUCAGCGGAGGAGGUACAUCCAGGAGACAGCUUUCUGCCCCUCCACCUCCUGGUUCAUCCACCCAGUGGCUCCCAGCCUGCCUCCUCCACUACCCUGCGGAGACCCAGAGGGCUCCCAGCCCUGGCCCUGGGUAUGGGAUGGGCCACAGCUUCCCCUGCUCUGCCGCCCAGGACGGAGCUAGAGGGAGACAUGGGGCAGCCUUUUGUUCCCUAAGACAUUCUUAGAUUUGCAAGAAAAAUAGGAUCAUGCUUCAGCUCGGAUACACAUGGACUUUUAUUUCCAGUGAAAUCAAUUACACUUCAGUUAAGCUUUUGGAACUAGCUCCCCAUCCAAAUGCAGCUUUUAAAAAUUAAUCUGGGCCAGAAUUCCAAACGGCCCCAGUAGGCUUCUGGUUGAUGCCUCUGAACUGAACUCUGACAACAGACUUUGGAAACAUUUCCAUAAGAGAUGGUUCCAUUUCAUUUGUGCAGACUGCUUCAGGAUAUAUAGUUAUGGAUUGGAAGUUUACAGGGGCAAAAACAGACCCUUCUUUCAAAGCAAUGUUCUUUCUAUACUUUUAUUUUUCUCUCUCUCUCUCUCUCUUUUUUUCUACUGAAAUUGAAUCCACCCAGGGAAUUAUAGCACUAACCACAUCCCUAGGCCUUUUAAUGUAUUUUUUGUUUUCAAAGUUUGAGACAGGUUUGAGGCUGGCCUCAAACAUGUGAUCCUAUUGCCUCAGCCUCCCUUGUAGCUGAGUUAUAGAUAGGUAUGCACCACUGUGGUUGGUUGUUCUCUCUGGAUUUUUCAAAAUGAUACACGUAGAAACCUUUGUAAACUGUCAGGUGCUGCACAUGUGUUAUUACUGUAAACAUUAUUAUGUGUGAAAACGGGCUUAAUAUUUGUAAACUACUUUGUUUUAUUCUCCCCAGUUGAUACUUUCAUAAACCCCAAGAUGACGAACUUUUUCCUGUAAAUAAUCACCGAGGAGAAAACUGUUGCGUUACCAAUGCCAUCUUCGUUGUGACCACACAUUUUUAAAUAUUCCAAAAACUUGUCAAAUUUUAAAGCACAAUGUUCUUCUCAAAUGGGGGAAAGGAAUGUUUUCAACAAGAUAAUUUAUUGCUGAAGGCAGAAGCAAUUCUUAGAAAUAGACUGGCAAUCAAAACGCAUUUGGCUUCAGCUUAGAGACUCUAACUCAGUGUGAAGUUCUCAGCUGUGCCUGAGCCUCACGGUGUCCCACUGAGAGUCGGAGCAAAUGUGAAAAGGCCCCCAGGGCCUCCCUCAGUUCUCUCCAAGUGGCUGCAGGAGUCUUUACCAGGACAAAGAUGGAGAUUUGCAGGCUGCUGUCCUCUGCUGGUGGCCUCUCCUGCGGGCCCUGCUGAAAGGAUUUUUAGCUACAUUUAAUGAGCAUGGGCUCAGGUGGCCGCUGGCCACAGUGGAGUCCAGACUCUCUGAAAGGUUUCGAGUGUGUCUGGCUCCCUCAAUGGCGCCAUCUCCCUGGGCUCUGAGCUUGGGCAAGCCCCUGGGCUCUUGGUUACGGGCGCUGUGCUGCUGCCCGGCCUGUGCUUUCUGGUGCGGAGGGUCUGGAGGGAGGUGGGGAUGGAGCUACUCUCACUGAGGAGUGAACACAGCAGCCCAAUCGUGCAGCGCCAUCUUGGGUGUAAAUUCGUCUUUCCUGAGUCCAUUCAGCAAGGACUUAUUGACCAGUGGUGUUGGGACAACCUGUGGAUAAACACAACAGACAUACUCCCUGUCCUCCAGGCACUUAGCUGAGGGUGGAGGAAAAGGCAGGAAGAAAUUAGGACCAUUGAAAAAUGUCUCAAAAUCAGGUCCACUGCGGUAAGCGCUGGGAGGGAGGCUGUCGUGUGGGAUGGGAAAUGCCUCCUGGAGGCCGGGGCGCUAGAGGCUCGGUUGCCAGUCUGUGGUGCUCAUGGGACAGCGAGGGACCUUCAGGAUACAGGGCAGUUAAGUCCCUGGGGACAUGCCUUUGAAGGGGAUAUUGGGAUCCAGGACCCUUCUUCUCUCGGAAUUCCUGGCCUUCAGGAAGUGACCGGCCUCCUCUGACAUGUACCCCCUUGCCAUGAUGGUACUGAGUGCCACCAAGGCCCAAAGCAAUAGGGACAAGUGACCUUUCCUCCUUUUAUCUUAGGUACUUUGUCACAGCAAAGAAAAGCCGGCCAAGAGAGAGAUGAAUAAAGGUGCCAGGUAGAGGGGCCCUUCUUCAGGCCACGGAGGGGUUGGUCUGAGCCAGGACCUCAGAGGAGGUGCCAGGUAUGCUGUGUCCCCAAGAAGGAGGAGGGGCUGGCCAUGCCAUGAGAGAGGGGGAGGGAAGGCCUUCCAGUUACAGGAAGGAGCUGUUUACAAACACUCUGCAAAGGGCAGGAGCUUGCCGUGUGUGCGGCAGGCUGCUCAGCCCCCAAAGCCAUCGGGCCUUGGUCCCUGAGACCCGUGAAUGCUGUUUACAUGGCAGCAGGGAAGGGGUAAGGGAGGUAUUGAAAUCUUGGACUUUGCAGACGUGAUUAAGUUCAGGAUCUUGAGAUGGAGAGAGCAUCCUGGAUUAUGUGGUAGGACCUAAAUGCUAUCACCAGUGUCCUUAUAAGAGAGAAGCGAAGGAGCGGUUGACAAGAGAGAAGGCAGCCUGGGACCACCGAAGCCAGAUGCCAUGCUGCUGGGUUGGACGGUGGAAGAAGGGGCCAGGCGCCCAGGAGUGCAGCAGCUGCUUUAGAAGCCUUUGGAAAAGGCAGUGACACAGAUUCUCGCUUGGAACUUCGGGGGGAGUUGGUAGCCCUGGCUACCCUGGGUCCAUUCCAUGUUGGAUUUCUGGCCUCCAGGUUACAAGAGAAUAUUUGUGUCACCUGAAACCA